AUGUCGGUCGAUUUGCAUCACACUACGAAAGCUGUUGCGAGGCUCCAGGACGACAACACAACGAAGCGGCAACAUCUCCUCCUCCCCCUCCCCCGAUCGAACGGAGCAGCAAGAAGCGUGCUCGUCAAGACAGAGAUUUCGAACGCGACAACGAUGUUGCCCGUGGUACUGCUCAGCAUACCUCGACAAGGUCUUGUCAUUAUCUCAGUCCUCCCCGCAUGCCGCCGCGCCCAAGCCUACGACCAGCAUCCACCAGCGUCACCCUUCAUUGACUCAAACACCAGUGGAGCGGACACAUGA